AUGGCUCCUUCGCUGAACGCUCAUUCGUCCUUCACCCGGCCCCGGACUGGGGACCGCGAAGGCCGGCCGACUACCCGUGACCAAGGCGACACCAACCUCAUAAUUCCGAGCCGUACCUCGUCACUGCACUCGAGGAUCACGCAGCCGAUUCCUUCCUCGCUGAACGUCAAGCCCCAGCAAAGGACACCCAAAACCCUCACGCAUGCCUACAUGGUUUGUGGUGUUGGCCGCGAGCCCUCGCAAUGGGUCAAGGCGCCCCCACCAGCCCAGGGAAAGAUAGGUCACAUGAAGGGUGCAGUGGGUCAGUUUUGGCUCCCCGAGAUCCUUGGUAGCAGCCCGAGGUUGGAGCAGGACAACGAGAUCGCCAGGUCUCUGCACGCUGCGAUGAGAGCCUGCUUCCCUCAUGAUGUCGAGAUUUGCACUGGCCGCAGUCAGCCUCACUGUGUCCACCAUGCGUUCGUUCUGCAGCAAGAUUCAUCCCACACUCUUUACGGCAUUUGCCUGAAGGUGUGGUCACGAGCCGAUGAGAAGAGGGCCGAAACAAUUAGGGAGUUGAGGAAACGGACAGAGUCCGACUUUUACGACAACCCGGACGAGACAUACUGGAUCCCAUACUGUCUUUCGUUCCUUUCCCGCUACCCUCUGUAUAACCUUUUGGGCGACUACCUAAGGGGUAUGUGGAUCCACUGGAACAAGGCCACCAACCUGUUCCAUGCUGAAGAGGUCUCGCGAAUCCUCAGCUUCCCCGCGCCGAGGCUCAACGAUCUGGUACGAAUCGACAUGAAGGACUACGCGCUUUGCUACCAAUUCCCUUCGUCUCCUACUGGAUUUCAAAACUUUGCUAUGUGGCCCCUCUUCUCCUGCCUCUCAAUUCCGAACAUCGUAGGUGUCAUCGAAGCCGCCAUCUCUCCCACCCGCCGCAUAAUCUUCGUCAGCCACUACCCAGCGAUGCUCACCAUGGCUGCCGAGACGGUGCGCUACUGCGUCCGUGUUUACGAGUGGAGCGGUUUGUACGUUCCUAUGGUGCACGCUCGUCACGCAAAGGAGCUCGUGCAAGAACCAGGCCCGUACAUUCUCGGUGUUACCGCGGAGUGUAGGUCCCUCUUCACAGCACCGACCGAUGCCUUGGUAGUAGACCUCGACCGCAACUUCGUUCUUACCUCCAGCCCGCCCACCGCCUUGAACCCCAACCAGCGCAACAAGUUCGUCACCCGCCUGACACAGGCGCUGAACGGUGAUGUUACUCCGUCUGGUGUUCCCGCGCAUUUGCGCUCAGCAUACGGUGGAGGCAAGUUGGUGCCAGCUGGUCAAAUUAUAGUUAUGCGCGGAGAGGUUGAGUCUAUCCAAGACCCCGAAUGGUGGAAUCAGGAUGCUGUUAUGGCUGUCAUGGAUCACGUCUGCGAGAAGAUGGGCCGCAACACUGGCAUCAAGGCUGUUUUUGGCGGCGCAGUCAAGAAGCCUCUGAUGACCAAAGUUUCGAUGAGACACCUUAACGAGAUUGUUCGCGAAAGGAAUCAGUACUCCCGGGACGCUCUGGAGGCCUGGCAAGAUUUUAUCAACCUCAAGGGUCGCAUGGACACUGAACUUGCUAAGGUCACCAAGCGCAACAACUACCUCAACGAGGAGCUGGACAGCUGGAAGCAGCAGUUCACCAAGUUCCAGGCCUUCGCUGAGCAGCUCACUAAAGAGACUCAGGAUCUCAAGGUCAAGAUUGAGGGCCACAAGAGGGAGAACCGCCGUCUGGCAACACUCAUCGACCAGCAGAAGGACGAUGCCGCUCGCAUGUCGGUCCGUCUUACCGGUACCGAGAAGCAGCGCGACGACGCCCUCGAGGCCCUUGUUCUCCAGCAGGAGAUUGCGGAGGAGCUCGAACGCGAGCGCAAGCGCAACAAGAAGGAGCUUGCCGCCCUGCAACACACCAACCACGCCAUCACCAGGCAGCGCGACGACGCCCGCCGCGUCGUGUUGCAUCUGCGCAGCCUUAUUGGUGGCCAGAGCCACCAUCUGGAGCACCUCGUUGGCUCUCUCACCAAGCCCGAGCACGACAACGAGCUUGUUGAGGCCGGCUACGAGGAUGAUACUCAGGAUAUGGAGAGCAAGCACCACAACAGCAAGCGCUUUUCUUCCUCAAGCUUCUCUGAUGUGGCUGACCGUCACCUUAAAGACAAGACGGAUGCUAUUGCACACAUCAUCCGCAAUAUUGCAGAGCAGUGCCAGGCUGCAGUCGAGGGCUUGGCUCUCGCCCACGACGCCGAGAUCGAAGACGGCUCCGAUUCGGGACACCACUCGAGCAGCUACCGCCGCGGCAGUGGCCUGUCGGUCGUUGGCAGCGAUGCCGGUACCCAUAGCGAAGUCGGCGACGAUAUCAGCGUCCGCCUUCGGCCGUCGUCGGGCCGCACAUCCAGCAUCCCGCCGACGCCGGACUUGAUUCCCAACAGGUCAAGCACAGCUCUCUCGAUGGCCUCGACCACCAUGACCACCCCUGAGCGGUCUUCCCAGCAGUACAUGAUCGGUCACGACAUCCCAACAAAGAUUGUCGAGGACGAUGAAGAUAUGGACAACGGUCCAUCUGCCAGCGAGUCUGAGACGGUCAACAUGCCCGCUCACACAACCAGCAGGGUUAUCGGCAAGCACACUGAGAGCCUGCUUCACAGGCCUUCCGGGGCUCGCAUCAGCGCGCUUGGGGGUACUCGUUAA